AUGCUGGAUGUUUUAAGCAAAUUGUCUGGUCCGGAGAACCUUUCGCGAGUUUUGAGCAUGACCUACCAGGCUGCGAGUCUCAGCUUCCGUUACAGUCACUCCACCACUCUCUCGCUAGACGCGCAUCCCUCCUUACUGUCACGCCUCCCCUGCAUGGCUCCAAGCGUACUCUUGGGCUUGCCUGGGCCAUGGGCCAAGGACGAUCGUGAGCCGUCCGAUCAUUACACCACCAAGAUCGGCGGCUUACCUGACUGGCCCCCCUGGGCGGAUCACCCGCCGCCGCAUCUGCUGCAGUGCGCUCUCUGCAAUGGGCCGCUCUCCCUCGUGCUGCAGGCCUAUGCCCCGCUCUCCCUUCCUGCAGCAGCAGACGGUGCAGCAGCAGGGGUGACACGUGGCAGCUUGCAAGUGGAGGAGCGGGUGCUGUACAUGUUCGCGUGCGCCAAUGGGGGAAGAGAUGGGGAAAUGGGGGAAAAUGAGGAAAAGGGGGAAACGGUGGGGGAGGCUCUAUCCGCCCUCCCUCCCUUUGGGGACCUUUCCUCUGUGUUUGGGGACGUGGUGGUGGGGGAAAGCGCGGGCGCAGGGGGAGAGGGGGAGGUUGGGGAGGUGGCGGAGGAACUGGGGGGGAUGGAGCUGGAGGAGGAAGGCGGAGAGCAAGGGGGGCAAGUGGAGGGGGAGGUGGCGGAGGGGGAGAAGGGGAAGGGAGAGGGGCGAGUUGGGGGGAAAGUGCAGGGAGAAGUGGCGGGGAUGAGUGGGGGGGGAGGAGGAGGAGGAGGAGGAGGAGGAGGAGGAGGAGGAGGAGGAGGAGGAGGAGGAGGAGGAGGAGGAGGAGGAGGAGGAGGAGGAGGAGGAGGACACAGAGGGCCGUGUGCUGCUCAGGCUCAGGGUUGGCGAAUCAUUCGGCUGCAGCAGCUUCCCUCAAAGCAACCACCACGAGAAGAAGCAGCACCAGCAACCGCAGCACCAGCAGUGGCAGCAGCGGUGACAGCGUCGUCAUGGGGAGAUGCAAGCUCGUGGGAUGGAUGCAGUACAGCAGCAGGAGAUAGCUGGGGGCUCACACCCCCACCCUCAGGUGCCUCAGGUGCUUCAGGUGCCUCUUCAGGUGCCGCUCCCACAGCAGGGUCGGAUUGGGGAGCAGCAGCAGCGGGAGGGUGGGGCACUGGCACUGGCGGAUGUGACAGUAACGAGUUGGGGUCCACAGUGGUAACCCCCCCGCUUGCAUCUCUUGACGCUCUCUCCGCGUCCCUCAGUGCUGCUGCUGCCAAGGCCGCUGCUGCCGGCAAUGCUGCUGGGGAGGCAAACGCAGCAGGGAGGAGGGAGAAAACGGCAGUUACAGGCAGGGAAGGAGCAUCGACACAGGCGACAUCGUCAAAUGCAAGUGCGGUAGGAGAAGCAAGCAUGGGCAUGGGCCUGGGCCUGGGCGUGCUCCGAUUGCUCCCGUGCUUCUAUCUGUACUCGGAGGAAGAGGAGGCAAUAGGCAGAGGCAGAGGCAGGGCAGCAGCAUGUGUUUCAACAGCAACAGAAGAGCCUGGCUUGAGAGGUGGGGCGGAGGGGGUGGCAGCGAUGCAGGUGGAGGGGGAGCGGUGGGAGGGCGAGGGGUAUGAGUACGACCAGGCGCGCACAGUGGGUCGGCCUUACCUGCGCUUUAAGAAACGCCUCGACAAGCAGCCCCAGCAGUGUGUCAGGUAUCGCUUCAAUGGCCAGCCCAUCUGGCCCUGUGACCCGCCUCCCCUCCUCCCAGAGGCUUCCCGAGCCUGCCCUUUGUGCCACGCCCCCCGCGUGUUUGAGCUGCAGCUCAUGCCGCCGCUGCUCUUCUUCCUGCUGGAGGCUCUCAGGGAGCGGCAGGAAGGGGAGGGUGAGAGUGGUGGAGUGGGAGUGAUGGAUUAA